AAUAAUUUACAUAUAAAUUAUGUCGAAGAUAUAAAGCAUGGAAGAUGUUCACGCGCGGCACUAAUGUUAGAUAUAAUGAACCGCUUGAGUAACGCGAUAGUAACCAUCAACAGUAAAUUCAAUCGAUGAUAAGCUCAAAAACUAUGUGCAAUUUACGUGUUUUAACUCUUGUGUUUUUUUCGUUCGUGGUGCCAUCAACCGGAAGUAAAUUAUUGUUUUUCCUGGUGGACGGGUUCCGCUGGGACUAUUUCGAUCUUCCUGGAGUGCAGACGGAUGGCUUCAGGCGGUUGUUCGAGUCUGGUAGCCGUGCAGAGUGGCUGGUGCCGGACUUCCCAACAAACUCGUUCCCGAACUACAAAACCCUAGAAACAGGUCUGCACGUGGAGCAACACGGUUUUGUGGGUAACUACAUGUGGGACGAGGCUCAGGACCGCCACUUCGAGCUGCCCCUCGUGCGUGCCUCCAGUCUGCACCUUGACUGGUGGGAGGCCGCGCAGCCCUUCUACAUCACCGCCCAGUUACAGGGAAUCCGAGCUGGACUGUUUAAUGUGCGUGCAUGUAACUUGAGCAUCAACGGGGUGGCGCCGUCCUACUGUGAUGAGUUUCUAUUGGACCGGAAGUCGCCAGAGCUCCGCAUUCUGCUUGACACGGCGAUGGAAAGCUUGCUCAACGAUACACUCGACGUUGCGUACGUGUACCACAUGCCGGUAGACACAGCGGGCCACUAUCACGGCCCGAACUCCCGUGAGCUAAAGGCGGAAGUUGACCAUGUGAACGCCUUCGUCACAGAAAUCUUGGAUAAGCUUGAGGCCCAUCCCAAGCCGGAUGUUGACCUCAUCAUCGUGUCCGACCAUGGCAUGGCAUCGGUUGAUCAAACGCACAAGAUCAAUAUCUCGGAAGCGCUCGAUAUGACGGACGUACGGACGAUCAUAGAGGCCGGAACACAAGUGUACAUAUGGCCGCAUCAAGGAAAGGAAGACGAGGUGUAUCGGCGCCUGCAUGGGUUCCACGAACACCUGCACGUGUACCGUAAGCGGGAAAUUCUGGAUCGCUGGCACUUCAGGAAGCAUGCCCUGGUGCCACCUAUCUUCCUCACAGCCACAAAAGGAUGGUUCAUCAUCCACCCCCGUGCGGGAGAGGUUUACGGUGAGCAGCUAUUGACGUCCCCCUGGGUUGGCAACCAUGGCUUCGACAACGCCGACGUCGACAUGAGAGCCAUCUUCCUUGCUUUCGGGCCGCAUUUCAAGAAGAACUACCUGUCUCCGCCGUUUAAAAAUACGGAGGUGUAUCAGCUCUUGUGCCACGUGGCGGGGAUCCGGCCACGCCCACACAACGGUACGUGGUCGGAAGUCAGCGGUAUGCUCAUUAACCCGCAUACGGAGCUGUAAACCGCAUUAACCCGCACACUGAACUGUAAACCGCAUAAUAUGUGGUCUCAUUUCCAUAAGUGAACUCAUUGAACAAACUCAUUUUCAAAUGGAAACGGACAGAGAUCGUCUUGGCCGUAACACUUAUUUAAGUCUCAAUGAACAGUAUGAAAUAGUGAUAACGACAGAAAGUCAUAUAUUACUUAAGAAUGAAUAUAAAUAAAACAAAUAUUUAAUAUGCUAUCGAUUUGCUAUGUAAUAAUGUGUAUAACUUUUUGUAGUGUUUUCCAUAACUUGUUAAUGUUAUCACUGUUUUCAAUGCUCUUAUCCAUCUUACCUUUUGUAAUUGUAUGCACGAAUAUAAUAAGUAACGGCAAUUGUAAACACUUGUUCAAAUAUUUGUACCUAUUUAAAACUAUACGCUUUCAUUUCCAGGUCACAAACUCCUUGUUAUGUUUUGAUAUGUUCUGCAUGUUUGUUAUUCAUGUCGGAAAAUAGAUCAUAGAGCUAA